AUGGUGUCUUAUAAGCAAUUGGGCUAUCACCCACGUGACUCUGCUCUAGCGAUCUACGAACAAGAGGUGGACCCGGCAAAGCUGGGCGCUACUGAGGUGUUGGUGAAAGUGAGCGCUGCUGCUCUGAACCCGGUGGAUGUUGUUCUAUUCAAUUCACGCUUGGUACACUUCUUCCGUUCUUCUCUGAUGGGCUUUGGACGUGACUUCUCGGGUGUUGUUGAGUCUGUGGGUUCAGAGGUGUCGAAAUUCAGCAAGGGUGAUAAGAUCUCUGGUAUUUAUGAGCCAAUCUAUGGUGCGCAUGGAACGUUCAGUGAAUACUUGGUGAUCGACACCAAGAGAGACGUCAAUGUGGGUAAGAUUCCUCAAAAUUUGAGUCUGGUGGAAUCCGCUGCUUUCCCACUGGUUGCAGGUACCGCUUACACGUCUUUGACCCACUUUAAGAAGCCUCAGGAUUGUGAGCGUGUGCUUGUCAUUGGAGGUGCCACUUCAGUGGGAGGGUUUGUAAUACAAUUGCUGAAGAAAGUUCAUGAUGUCCAAACCGUGGUUAGUGUCUGCUCAAAUAGAUCCAGUGAUUCUGUUAAGGCUCUGGGAACCGAUAUAGUUAUCGAUUACACUAGAGGGGACGUUACGAAGGAGGUUUCAGCUUUGGUGAAAGAUAUCGGGAAAUUUGACCUCAUAAUUGACUGUGUUGGAUCUAGUGACAUAUUCCCAGUCAUCAGUGACGUCUUGAAACCAAAGGCUGAGAACUCUGGUUAUGUCACAAUCGCAGGUGACAAGGUUGCAGACUACUCCCGUUCUGCCCUGACAUUCUUCUCAUGGGCAUUGAUUAAGAGAUUGAUCUUUGGAACACCUUAUAACUACAAGUUCAGUUCAAUUGCACAUGGAGGAUGGUACGAAGGUAUUGUUGGGCUCUUUGAGGCUGGGACGUUGACGUUGGGAUUGGAUUCUGUCUUUGAAGGACUUGAGAAUUACCAAAAGGCCAUUGACAAGAUUAUCGAUCACAAGGCUCACGGUAAGAUUGUUUUGAAGAUCUCAGAUGAGGAGUGA